GAUGGUUUAAUAGCGUAAAAACCAUGGAGACGUGACGCCUUAGGAAGUGUACAUAGCACUGUUCUGGUUAUUCUUUUAACAAGAAAGAAAAGUCACCUAAACUAUACUGACGACAGUUUUACCAUGUCUCAGACGUCCCUGAAGGUGUUCGUUGAGCUGCACAUUAGAGCGAUCACCUGUCCUGGAGUUCAUUUAACUGCCAAAGAUGACAUUUACCUCAGUGCGUGCCUCCUGAACCAGUACAGAAAAUCUGAUUGUCUACCUGCAGUUUUCCCAUUACUGUUCCGAACGAAAAUGAGAUUUGAAAAGAUAUUCAAGUAUGCCAUUGAUCCUGCAGCUAUUGCUGAAAUCUUACAAUGUGAAACAGUCAAAAUUGAGCUUAUACAGUUGAUUCGCCCAGCUGGGGAAAUACUGGCUACAUAUGAGGAAAAUGCCAGAAGUUUUCUCUUUCCUGAACCUAAAUUAGUCCCAUCUUUCUCGGGGGGAGACAGAGAGGUUCUAAUGACAAGAGACCCCAAUUUUCCUGGCAUUUCUCCAAGGUUAGAGUUCUCCACCAGGACCACAAUCUUCGAGGGCUUGGAGAGAGAUACAGUCCAAAGCGUUCCUGUGAGGGUAAUGACAAGAAAAAGAGCCAGGAAGUCCAGACAAAGGGGGCGCUCCACAACAGCACGGAGGGACACACAGACACAGAGGCACCGCUCACUCUCCCCUUUUAAAAGAUCUGAGUCCAGCAGGACCAGCUCCUCUUCUGACAUCGGACACAGAUAUAGAAAAAGCUCAUGGUCAGGAGGUGUGCACUCAUCUGGUUGGUCACCAGAGUCUUACAGCAGAUUAAGAAACUCAUCACCACAUCACUCCAAAUCUCCUGGACAAUUAGGGACCAUUAGAAGAAGAAGCCACUCCAACCAUUUGCUCCCUAAUGAUGGCUCCUCCUCAGACACUGAUGAUCUCCUUGACGACACUGAGGAACUGGGCCAGCGUCCUCCCCUGGCGGGAUAUGAGGGAUCCCCCAGCCCAGCAGCACUGACUCAUUCCAGCAUGGCAAGCCCAAGGCAGAGCAGUUCUCUCUUGUGUUCCCCAAAUGCAUGGGAGGAAGUUCAGGAACGAGUCCGGAGUCUUCUCACUUCGCCCAGAGCUGUACACAGACUGACCUAUGGUGCUACAGAGUCUGAAGUAGACAAGGUCCUAACAAGAAAGUCCAUCUCCCCACAUUGGUGAUCGCAAUAAAGAAAACAGAAAGCAGCUGUUCAAUACCAAAAAGGUAUUACGCACAUAAGAUGGGAUUGUUCUGAUUCUUCAUGCAGUGCUGGUAUGGUUUUGAUACCUAUCACUAAGUUUUAUUCUAGAAUUAUGAUCCCUUCAGUUUUAAUAGUCUGUUUACACUGAAAUAAUGAGCAUUUUAAAAUGACUGUUAGUAGUUUUAACUGGCAAUCAUCUAGAAUUAGUAUUGAGCUCAAACACAUCAUGUAACGAAAAGAAAGCCAGGGAAGCAAAAAAUAAUGCACACUAUGCUGAAAGCUUACUCUAGCUUUUUGCUAUAUCUUCACUUCAUUAUCUGCUUGCUUUUAGAAAGGGAAAGUAUCAGUUAUUUUUUCCCCCGGUAGGACUCGAGAAUACCCAAUGCCUGGCUCACACUACAGGAUUUUUCAAUCUUAACUGAUGUUGAAAAACGCGACACCCCACAAAUAAAGACAAAAACAUUAAAAGCUAUGCUUAAGAUUCUUAUAAUAUUUUCUGUUAGCUGGGUUUAAAGUUCACCCAUUGAAAUGUCCGGAAGUUUUGGGAUUUAGGGCCCCAUCCAGUGAGAAUGGGUAAUUGCACCGAGCAUGCGGAAGAAUCAUUUUAAACUGGGCGGGUGUGAUGCGGUCUCCUUUCAGGACAAAUCCGAUUCCAGCUUAUGUUCAGUCAGAGAGAGAGAGAGCACUCUCAGUCAGAAACUUUACUUCAAAUACACACUUUGUUUGUAGUGAAUGAGCUACUGAGCUCUAAGUUUUCCCUUUCUGAAGUCUCCAAUGCUCCACCAGCCACUCGCGUUCAGGUAAACUGGGCUGGAUCCUCUUUUAGAGGCUGUACGUGUGACUUAAGCACACAAAAAGUGACCCAACACCCCACUUUUUAGAAAUAAUAUAUAAGGCUUAGCAGGGAUGGUCAUUUCAGCACACUGGUACCAUUAAACACAAUAUGUUGUCCCUUUUUCACUCAGAAAUGCUUCAGCUUUCAGUUUAAUAUCGGAUUAUAGACUCCGCACUCACACUUAGGACAAUCUGGGAGUUUCGCAGUUGUCAGAAAGAGCAAAACAACACAUUGACCUGAGAGAACACAAUGAGAAGACAGCAACACUACAUAGUAAUAAAACAGUGAAUACAGUGUUUGGUUACUUUGACUAUUUUGACUUUCUUCAAGCACAAAUAACACUUUGAAGUUAAGAUUCCUUAGCCUUAAGUUUAGCUAGCAAAUGUUACACUGUAUUUCCUAGGUGUGAUAACAACUCCAUGGAUACUUGAAGCCUAUUUUUCAUUUUUCAGUCCUCUGAAGCAACCAAAGGUCACUAACCCAUUUUAACACUGGUUUACUCUGAAUUGUAAAAGCUUGUGUGUGUACGUUUCUGUGUGGCCUGUAUGUAUCACAGUCAUAACACGAAUGUUUCAGUUAUCUGCAUAUUUGGUGGUAUUGAUUAAAAGUGGUCUAAAAAGCUU